ACACCAUAAAAAAUAUACACACUAUAUAAUAUUAUUUUCGCCACCACUGUAGACGACUGUACAAUUCUAAAUGGACUAAUUAUAUAUAUGUACAGUAUUAUACUGAUAGUAGUGUGUUCUUAGUUCUUAUGUUUUGAAACAUCGUCAAAUACUCAAAUGAUUUCAAUGCGUUGAGAUUUUUUUUUUAAUCUGAUCACUGCUUUAUUUCGUGUGAAAGUGUCCGGUUAACCGAAAUUUUGCGUGCUGCUCUAUGUUGCCGCAUCAGUUUUAGUUUAUCAUUGGCCCCGCGGGAUCAUUCAGACACCGUACUAGCAAAGUCCACCGCGGUGACGGCAAAACGAUCUGCGCAAUCAGACUUCGACGACUGUAGUCCGGAAAUAAUAGUUGAUAUUCGUCAGUCGUUCGAACGGAAGAGGAAGAACGGAGUCUCGUGCAUACGGGUAUUUUUUACGGUCUCCCAUUUUUUUCAACCACUCCCCCCCCCCCCAUCCCCCCUUAGUCGCACUCGACGGAUAUCCCAAGACCACCAUCAAGUACUGAAGUCUAGAUCAUUAAUUUGUGUCCCGACUGGUGUGACAUGUUUUUUUAUACAUUCGACCAUUUUCAUUUGACAGACGACCGUCGUGCACUGAUGGUGACUGCGUGCCAACUAUGAGUAGUGACCCGCUGGGAAGGAGACGCACGAGUAUCAUGAACAGUACUGUGCCAAAGAAAAGGGGCAACAUGCGUGUCAAGGCGUUCCCGUCUCGCACUGACGAGAAGUUUGUCGACAACACCUGGGCAAUGCUGAAAAACGCCAUACAGGAGAUACACAAGAAAAACAACUCAUGCCUGAGCUUCGAAGAGCUGUACCGCAACGCAUAUACAAUGAUACUAUUGAAGCACGGUGAACGCUUAUAUAACGGCAUGAGGGACACGGUGUCUACGCACUUGGAGAUGAAGGUGCGCGAAGACGUACUCAUUGCUUUAAACAACAACUUCCUACAAACACUGGACGAGUGUUGGAGGGACCAUCAAACAUCAAUGGUCAUGAUUAGAGACAUCCUCAUGUACAUGGACAAGGUGUAUGUGAAGAACAACGAAGUCGACAGUGUUUACAAUCUUGGACUCGUACUAUUUCGUGACAUAAUUGUGCGGCACGACCGCGUACGAGAUCACUUACGUGAGACAUUGUUGAGCAUGGUGAUGAAAGAAAGGAACGGUGAAGUGAUAGACCGUAUCGCAUUGAAAAACGCCUGUCAAAUGCUUAUGAUAUUAGGUAUACAAAAUAGAAUAGUUUAUCAAGAAGAUUUUGAACGUCCGUUCCUUGCUCAGUCUAGUGAAUUUUACAAUGUUGAAAGUCAAAUGCUUUUGGCUGAAAACAGUGCUUCCAUUUAUAUUAAAAAAGCAGAAUCUCGGAUAAAUGAAGAAGCUGAACGAGCUAAAAAUUACCUAGAUGUUUCUACAGAAAGUCGUGUAAUUCAAGUAGUUGAAGAAGAGCUAAUUAAAAAGCAUAUGAAGACCAUUGUCGAAAUGGAAAACUCUGGAUUUGUUUUCAUGUUAAAGAAUCAGAGAACAAAAGAUCUGGCUUGUAUGUAUAAGUUACUAAGCAAUUUGUCUGAUGGUUUAAAAACCAUGUCCGACUGCUUAAGUAAGUAUUUACGAGAAGAAGGCCGAUCAUUAGUCAAAGAAGACGAGACUGAUUUAAAUCCCGUCACAUAUGUACAAAGCUUAUUAGAUCUCAAAGACAAAUUGGAUUAUUUUUUGUAUAAUUCGUUUGCCAGUGAUAAAAUGUUUAAACAAACAAUAUCUUCGGACUUUGAACAUUUUCUAAAUCUUAACCCAAAGUCUCCUGAAUAUAUGUCAUUAUUUAUUGAUGACAAAUUGAAAAAAGGAGUCCGCGGUAUUGAUGAAAAUGAUCUAGAACCUGUGCUAGACAAAGCCAUGGUAUUGUUCCGAUUUUUGCAGGACAAGGACGUUUUUGAAACAUACUACAAACAACAUUUAGCUAAAAGAUUGUUGUUGAACAAGUCUGUGAGUGAUGAUAAUGAGAAAAAUAUGAUCUCAAAAUUAAAAACUGAAUGUGGAUGUCAAUUUACUUCUAAACUAGAAGGUAUGUUUAAAGACAUGUCUUUGUCAAAUACCAUUAUGGAAUCAUUCAAACUGUACCUGUCUAAUUCGCCAGCAUCCAAUUGCAACAAUAUUGAUUUAUCAGUUCGUGUUCUAACUACUGGAUUUUGGCCAUUACCAACAACUACUCCAAAGUGUAAUGUACCAAGCAUAGCGCGUUUGGCAUAUGAAGAAUUCAGAACUUUUUAUUUGGGCAAACAUAAUGGUAGACAACUUCGUCUUCAGCCACAAUUAGGUUCCGCAGAUUUAACUGCUAUUUUCAAUGACAACCGUAGAGAGAAUAGUGUAACAUCUGUAAUAAGUUCAAAUGGAAGUGGUAGUACUGUUGUUUCUACAUCUUCUAACUCUGGUACCAGCGUGAACAAUGCUAAUUCGUCUGCACGUAAGCAUAUUUUCCAAGUAUCAACUUAUCAAAUGGCAAUAUUGAUGCUGUUUAAUAGUUAUGAAAAGAUGACAAUGGAAACGAUAAUGAAUGAAACGGACAUAAAUGAAAAAGACUUGACUAGGGCAUUACAAUCUUUGGCAAUGGGAAAACCAUCACAAAGGGUGUUGUUGAAAAGUCCCAAAACAAAAGAGAUCGAACCUCAUCACGAGUUUUCUAUUAACGAGUCCUAUACUUCAAAAUUGUAUCGUGUUAAAAUCCAGUCAAUCACUACCAAAGGAGAAAAUGAGCCAGAGCGGAGGAAGACUAAAGACAAAGUUGAAGAAGAUCGAAAACAUGAAAUAGAAGCAGCACUCGUACGCAUUAUGAAAGCUCGUAAAAAGUUAACACACAAUACACUUAUUAUGGAGGUAACUGAGCAAUUAAGAUCGAGGUUUAUGCCUUCACCCGUUCUUAUUAAGAAACGUAUUGAAUGCUUAAUCGAAAGAGAGUAUUUAGCACGCACACCAGAAGACCGAAAUACUUACAAUUAUGUUGCAUAAAUAUUAUAUUGUACCAUCAUCAAUAUAUAUUGUAUAUAUAUACACUUAUAAAUAAGGUUAUUGGUAUUUGAGAAGAAUAAAUACUACAUUUUAAAACGCUGAAAAACAAAUAAUUUUCAAAAUUACUUUUUAUAAUUGGUUUUAAUUUAAUAAAAUAAAAAACAUAUAUUCUACCAAUUAUUUUAUAAUUUAUGUUUUUUUUAAAAAUGUUUUAAUAGAGUGAUACUUAGAUAUUAUCUCUAUUAAAUGUAAUAAUUGAAUAUUUUGUAGUUUAUACGUUUUAUAGUUUCAAUCUUAUUUUAACAAUAUUGAUUUAAUGUUUGAAAAAUUCUACUUUUCAAAUUUAAAUAAAUAAACGGAUCUUUGAAAUUUAUAAUUUUAGUCUAAAAUGAAUUGUAUUCAUUAUUUGUAGCCAGUAGGUAUCCAAUUUGUUUAUAAUAAUUAUAAUGCUAUAUUUUCAACUAUGAACUGAUGUGAUUUUCAACACAAAUAAUCUAGUAUUUUAUAUGAAUCAAUAUGAAUAUUUUGUUUCAUAUUUAAAUACUAUAUUCAUUAUUCAUAUGUAUCAUCAACUCCUCUGUGCUAAAGUGUAAUUUUAAAAAUAAAAUAUUUUCAAGAUAUAAUAAACAUUAUAAUUAUUACACU